AUGUACGACGACUCGGACGGCUACCCCAGUGACUCCUACGACUCUGAUGGACCCAUCGUCGACGGUAACGACUCAGACUUCGAGGAGCCCGUGGCGAAAAAUAAGGGCAAAUCGAAGUCUCCGGGCGUCGAGUACGAGAGCUUCUCCGCCGCGCGUCUCCAGCAGCGAGUAGACGACGACAUCCGCACGGUGGCGAGCAUCAUCGGGCUCGAGUCGCCUAUCGCGUCGAUCCUCCUGCAGCACUUCCGAUGGAACCGCGACCGCCUCAUCGAGCACUUCAUGGACGGCUCCGCCACCGUCCUGUCCGACGCCGGCGAACCGGAGGACGCCCCAUCGUCGCCCAAUCCGCGCCCCUCCAAACGUGCGCGCCUAGACACGCCAACGGACUUCAUGUGCGCGAUCUGCUGCGACACCGACCCCGCGAACAUAUUCCGUUACGAUGCAUGCUGGGCGACAUACGUACCGGCAAAUCAAGGAGGAGGCCAGUGCUUGUUCAACUGCAUGCAGGACGCAUGCACGACGUCUGUAGACGAACCGUCGAUCGAGAAGCUCGUGGCGAAGCCGUCUUUGAGCGGCUGCUCGGAGACGGUGCUCUGCGCGGGCGGGCGGGGCUGCGGCGCGGGGCACGCAUUCUGCUUCGGGUGCGGGCUCGACUCGGACCACCGGCCGAUCGUGUGCAAGCUCGUGGAGGUCUGGCUGAAGAGUGCGCGCGAGGACGCGGGCACGUCGCAGUGGAUCAAGGCGAACACGCGGACGUGCCCGAACUGCAAGAACAGCAUCGAGAAGGCUGGCGGGUGCAACCGGAUACUCUGCCGCCACUGCAACUUCCAGUUCUGCUGGCUGUGCAUGCAGAAGUGGGAGGUGCACGGGUACAACAACGAAGUGUGCAACACGUGGAAGGAGCCCGAGAAGGACGAGACGAUGACGGCGGCGGGGCAGAACCUCGAGAAGUGGCUCUUCUACUUUGACCGGUUCAACAACCACGAACUCUCCUCGCGCCUCGACCAGGAGCUCGUCGAGCGUGCGGAGGAGAAAGUCGUGGAGGUGCAGAAGAGCAGCAACCUGUCGUGGAUCGAGGCGAGGUUCAUGCAGACUGCCGUCGACGAGUUGACGAAGUGCCGCCGGACGCUCAAAUGGUCGUACGCGAUGGCGUACUUCCUUGUGUCGGGCAACCAGAAACAAAUAUUCGAAGACAUCCAAGCUGACUUGGAAAAGGCUGUGGAGGACCUGUCGCAACUGCUGGAAGAGCCGGUUGAGAAAGACACCAUUAAGGGCCUUCGACAACGUAUGAUGGACAAGACAGUCUACGUCCGUGUGCGCCACGAAAUGCUGCUUCGGGAUACAGCAGAGGGGCUGGCCGAGGGCCGCUGGGAGUUCACCAUACCUCUGGAGUAG